AUGGGGCAGCCCGGGAACCGCAGCGUCUUCUUGCUGGCGCCCAACGGAAGCCACGCGCCGGACCAGGACGGCACGCAGGAACGAAACGACGCGUGGGUGGUGGGCAUGGGCAUCGUCAUGUCGCUCAUCGUCCUGGCCAUCGUGUUUGGAAACGUGCUGGUCAUCACGGCCAUCGCCAGAUUCGAGCGUCUGCAGACGGUCACCAACUACUUCAUCACCUCCCUGGCCUGUGCUGACCUGGUCAUGGGCCUGGCGGUGGUGCCCUUUGGGGCCAGCCACAUCCUCAUGAAAAUGUGGACCUUUGGCAACUUCUGGUGUGAGUUUUGGACUUCCAUUGACGUGCUGUGUGUCACGGCCAGCAUUGAGACCCUGUGCGUGAUCGCCGUGGAUCGCUACUUUGCUAUCACGUCGCCCUUCAAGUACCAGAGCCUGCUGACCAAGAAUAAGGCCCGGGUGGUCAUUCUGAUGGUGUGGAUCGUGUCGGGGCUUACCUCCUUCUUGCCCAUCCAGAUGCACUGGUACCGGGCCACCCACCAGGAAGCCAUCAACUGCUAUGCCAAGGAGACCUGCUGUGACUUCUUCACGAACCAAGCUUAUGCCAUCGCCUCCUCCAUUGUGUCCUUCUACCUACCCCUGGUGGUCAUGGUCUUCGUCUACUCCAGGGUCUUUCAGGUGGCCCAAAGGCAGCUCCAGAAGAUCGACAAAUCUGAGGGCCGCUUCCACGCCCAAAAUCUCAGCCAAGUGGAGCAGGAUGGGCGGAGCGGGCAUGGACAUCGCAGGGCCUCCAAGUUCUGCUUGAAGGAGCACAAGGCCUUGAAGACUUUGGGCAUCAUCAUGGGCACGUUCACCCUGUGCUGGCUACCCUUCUUCAUCGUCAACAUAGUGCACGUGAUCCAGGAUAACCUCAUCCCUAAGGAAGUUUACAUCCUCCUAAACUGGGUGGGCUACGUCAACUCUGCUUUCAAUCCCCUUAUCUAUUGCCGGAGCCCAGACUUCAGGAUUGCCUUCCAGGAGCUUCUGUGCCUGCGCAGGUCUUCUCUGAAGGCCUAUGGGAAUGGCUACUCCAACAACAGUAACAGCAGAACAGACUAUGCCGGGGAACACAGCGGAGGUCCCCUGGGGCAGGAGAAAGACAGCGAAGUGCUGUGUGAGGACCCCCCAGGCACGGAAAACCUUGCAAACCGUCAAGGUACUGUGCCUAACGAUAGCAUUGAUUCACAAGGGCAGAACGGUAGCACAAACGACUCACUGUUGUAA